AUCAUCACACAAGAACUUGAAAAUUACCACUUUGCACCGUACUACAGAACAUUCGUAGAGCGGCGGAUCACCAAACGCAAAUUUAUUGACAGUCAAAACUGAUAUCACUCAUCGACGGGGGUAGCUGUUUUGUGUUUUUCGCUAUUAGUUAACUAUUUACUACCCCAAACGUUAUUCGCUCCAUCGGAAUUUCGGCCACAUUUCACAUCUUUGCCAAAAAAAUUAGUGAAAAUGCCGGCAUACCAUUCCCAAAUCCGAGAAUUUAAUUCGGCUGUUGGCAAUAUUGCCAUACUUCCAUUAAGAACUCAAAGCCGUGGACCCGCCCCGAUGGCCAACAUCGAACAAGAUAUCAUUGAUGAAUCAUUGUACUACUUCAAAGCAAAUGUCUUCUUUCGAACAUAUGAAGUUAAGUCGGAGGUUGACAGAACGCUUAUCUACAUAACGUUAUACAUAACCGAGUGCUUGAAGAAAUUGCAACGAUGCAGUAACAAAAACCAGGGUCUGCAGGAGAUGUAUUCCUUGGCCAUUUCCAAAUUCGAUAUACCCGGUGAUGCCGGCUUUCCGUUGAAUUCGGUGUACGCAAAACCGAGCUCUCCGGCCGAUUCAGAUUUGAUGCGUCAAUAUCUGCAACAAAUUCGUCAAGAGACUGGUAUCCGAGUUUGCGAUAAAGUAUUUGGUGAAGACGGUAAGCCCAGCAAAUGGUGGUUGUGUUUCGCUAAAAAGAAGUUUAUGGAAAAGUCACUGUCCGGACCGGGACAAUAGAUUAAGAUUAUAAGAAGGAAGAAAGAUUUCAAUAAAAACAAAAA